UAAUGUUGUAAACAAUACGCUUACCCUAGUCGUAAGAAACAGCUGUCAACUUCGUCGGAAAUAAAUUGUUGGACUUUUUGGACACCAUGAGCGCCACGCCAGUUAAAGCAAAGAAGGCGGCUAAGCCAAAGAAGCCUGCCACUCAUCCUAAAUACAGUGAUAUGAUCGUGAAGGCUAUCGCAGCGCUAAAAGAACGAGGAGGUUCGUCACGACAGGCUAUACUGAGAUAUAUCUUGGCAAACUUCAAUGUAGGGAAAGAUGAGAGAGCGGUCAACUCGAGAUUGAAGAUUGCACUGAAGAAGGGUGUGGCAAAUGCAGCUUUGAAACAGGCAAAGGGUAAGGGUGCAUCUGGUUCGUUCCGCGUCGGCGAGAAGGCAGCGGCGGCAAAGAAGAAGGCCGCUAAACCAAAGAAAGCAAAGAAGUCCAAGGCAAAGAAACCAGCCGCUGAAGGAGGUGCAGCCGCGAAACCCGAAACGGCAAAGUCUCCAAAGAAGACGAAGAAAGCAGCUAAGCCGAAAACGCCAAAGAAGGCGAAGACAUCAAAACCAAAGAAAACGAAAUCUCCUAAGAAAGCAUCGAAGGCAAAGGCGAAAUCUCCCAAGAAAGCAGCAAAGCCGAAAUCUAAGAAAUCACCGAAGAAGGCAGCAAAGAAAGCUGCUAAAAAGUGAACUAAAUAUACUGCUGGACAGUGACAUUGUGUAUAUAUGUAAAUUGAACAGUGUAAAUAUGUGUAAAUUAUUCAUUAAAGUUCAUCCAGGACAUAGUUUUGUUCACUAACUUGUAGAAAGGCAGCUUUAAAAAACUGUAGCAUGGAUUAAACCGGUGUAUAAUGUGAGACUUGAAACAUUGUCGAUUUAACUGUUUUCCAUCAACCGAAGUUUGUGCUCAUGGAAUUACGAACUGAGUUCCGUGAAGGACCGUCGUUCUUGACUGUUUUUAUCAUUUCUACAUCAUUCUAUAUCCUUGUUACUCAAUUCAUUUGUUGUUUUAGUUAAUUUCAUAAACAUGGCAUUUUAUGUUCCCUUUAAUAUAUGAACAUUUUUUAAAUGACGCCACUGACAAUAGUUGUGCACUCUGUGUUAUUUUUGCAUCAUAAAUCGAAACAUUUAAGUUUACUAAAUGCUUCAUUCUAAUUCAUGAUUUUUAUGAAUUAAAACAAGAAAUCUG